AUGCAUUUCUUCGCUUCGAUUGAGAAGGCCAAGAAGCACAUGCCGUCAUGGAAGCCCAAGUACAGCAUGUUUCAGGGGCUGAAAAGUUCCUAUGAGCAGGACUACCUGGCAAGGGGUUUCGACAAGAAGGAUCCUGAUUUCCGGACGGACGACCUGAUUUUGCAGAAGGUGGCUGCGCCAGCAUCUGGUGGCUCUGUCAGCUCUUCCGGGACAUCAGGUUCAGCACCUGUUGCAAUGAACGGCACGCUGAAGUACUCCAGUGGCUUCGAGUACGCCUACCAGCGCAAUUCCUAUGCAGACCUGGAGUUCGGAAACGAUGUAGGGUAUCUACCAGAUGGAACACCCCUCAACACAGCCGGCAACUGCCUGAACCACCCAGAGACCAUUCAGCCCGAUCGACACACCCCUGGGUCACCGCUUCCACGUGCACACUUCCACAACGAUGUCGGCUACUUGCCCGAUGGAACCCCGCUCAACAAAGCUGGCAAUGCCAUCAACCAUCCUGAAAACAUCCAGCCAGACCUUCAUGUACCGGGCUCGCCGCUUCCGGCGUCUGGGUACUCUGCAGACGUCGGCUAUUUCGUGGACGGAACACCUGUGGAGACUGCUGGUAACAAUUCUGUUCCACGAUGA